AUGGGCGGUCGAAUCAUACAGCCACAUCUUUACGAUACGCAGCGGGAUACGAGGCGCGGUAAAAAGACAGUGCCCACCCCGCCAAUCAACCGUCUGCCACCGGAGAUCCUGGCAGAACUCUUCGUAUCAUGCGCUGCCGUCCAUCCGUACGCACCAGCUACUAUCUCGCGCGUCUGCAAACGGUGGCGAGACAUUGUCUCGGACUGGCCACGCGUGUGGUACCAUCUGUUUCUGGAUGAAGAAGAGAGAGGGAUCAGGUCGUUGCAGAGACAAUGCGAACUCUGGGCGGCCCAUUCAUCACCGCUCACCUUCGACGUCGAGAUCAACAUGGCGCAUGUCGACGUGAUGCUCGCCGUUCUCUCUCCACUCAUACCGCAUAUAGCCCGAUGGCGCUCGUUCAAGGUCCAGGGCAACUGGAUAGAACACAUACAGAUGUCGAAUAUACCGGGCCGUACGGAGGACGAACCGCUGGCGUUGGAGAGAAUAGACAUAUUUAUUGAUGAAGACAUGAAGGACGAAGUAGCAAGGGCGCCCUUUCGACCUACCCGAGACACCUUCCAGUUCAUCGAGGGGCAGUUCUCGAUGCAGCUAUACAUGAGCACCCUGCCUGAACGUUAUUUCCUAGAGCCUAUGCAGGUCACCACUCUUAUCAUACAGGAUAAUUCCGACGUAAUCCACCCCGUCAAACUGCUCAAGCUCCUCACUGCUUUCCCCCAACUGCAAACGCUCCGAGUGGCCGGCUGGCCGCAGACCGAGAUGUAUGAUUACACCUCCGCGCCCGUGGUCUCUCUACCUCAUUUGGUCGAACUGGCUUUGCGGGGCCUGUUAUCUACUCGAGCCCUCCUUUCCCAUCUCCACGCACCCUCGCUCAGAGAACUCAACCUUGGUCUGCUCAAUGUCGACCAUCGGCUCUCCGACGAGUUUGACUAUGAAUCGGGCGAUAGCGAAGACGAGGCUCAAGAUUACUCCCAGUCGCCCUCGAGCGAUCACGCCACAGGCAUGGGCCUACGCAGCCUCAUCAGGCGCUGCAAUCCACCCCUCGAGCUACUCUAUAUGGAUUACGCGGAUAUGCGGACGAAGGACUUCCAAUGGUGCUUCGACCGCUUGCCGAAGCUGCAGAUUUUUGGAAUUGUCGCGUCCGACAUGUCUGACAAUGUGAUCAGACUGCUCGCGCCGUAUCGCGAGAGCGACGAAGGGGAGGGGGUGGAAAUGCGAUUGCGCUUGCCGUCAUUGAAGACUCUGGUCUUGCGCAAUUGUCAACGUCUAUCGGGGGAAGCGGUUGUGGAUACUCUAAGGUCACGCGUUCAAUACACGGACCAGCCUAGAUGGAAAGUCACUCUAUCCACUUUACAGCACGUCCAGAUUGCCAACUGCGACGGUGUGCGAGAUCCAUACAUACAGACAUUGCGGGACAUUCUAGGCCCGCGCUUGACACCUUAAUCUUUUUCUUUCGUGCGUCGCCUUACUUUCAGACGAUACUCUAGAUGUAUCAUGCUUAAUUAUCUUGGGCGCAGCCAUUUUGUAUCUCAUACCUGCUAUUGUACCAUCUUGUAUCGACUAUCUUGGACUAUACCCGCUGAAAUAACAAUGACCGUGGUCAGUACGGC